AACUGGCUUUCAAUGGUGGUUCCCUAUUUGCUACAGUGGGGUAGUCUGCUACCACCAUUCUACAAAUAUGGGGUAUUUUUGUUGUGUGGAUUUGAAAUAUUUUGGUCGGCACUCAGUUUAGCUGUUGGACAACAGUAUUAUGAAUACGCUGAAGCACUUUUUCCAAUUGCUUUUGAUCUGUUCGACGAAACAGCAAAAUCGGAAUUGAAACCGGACAAUUUUACAUGGACUGCCGAAGAUAAGGCUGCACUGACGCUGUUUUUCAGUCUUUAUACACUAAUGUGGUUAUGUGCUAUAAUUUUCUUAACGUUUGCCUUUAUUAAUGCGGCACUAUUUUUAUGGGUUUAUCUUAAUGCACCCUCAGAUAAUGCGCUGUUUUUUACAAAUUUUAACAAAGUUGAAAUUGGCGAGGAAUAUGUGACAAGAAUUGAGCGAGCUUUACAGUGUAAUUCUGAUGAAGAUUUGGAAAAUAUCCCACUGCAUACGACUUGUGAAUUCUCGAUUCGACGAUCUGUUAUAAGCCGAGAAUUAUUAACUCCAUUAUCAUAUAUAUGGCUUAUUGGUCAUGCAGUAAUUUUAUUAUUGUUUGGUUUUCUUAACAAAGGUAUGUAA